AUCUGAGGACAGACAAAGGGACUCUGUUCCUCUCACAUGCUCUCCAUUUCACUCAUGCCUGUCUCCUUGCCUGAGGUCAGAUUGUAUGGUCAGUUUUCAUUUCAAAUUUAUUCCCUCUUCCUCUGUAACCCGGUCCCUCCCUCUGCUGUUGCCUGUGAGCAGCACCCAGCUCAGCCCGGCUCCUUCGGGACCCUCUCCCAGCACCCCAGGAAGGGCCGUACCGAGGCCCCGAGAAAGUGUGAGGAAACUGCUGUUACUCAACUGCAGACAGAAAAGAUCAACGCAUCCCAUUGUUCCCUCUUCCCUUGAAGUCCCUGUUUAAUUGCUGCUGCACUGGGAGGUUUUGCAGGGGAUGGUGACUCCACCACUGCCCUGGGCAGCCUGUUCCAAUGCGCUUUCCAUGAAGAAUUUUUUCCUAAUAUCCAAUCUAAACCUCUUUGGCACAACUUGAGGCCAUUUCCUCUUGUCCUAUCACUUGCUGCUUGGGAGAAGAGACCAGCACCCUCCGUGCUCCAAGCUCCUUUCAGGCAGUUGCAGAGAGCGCAGGACGAUGAGGAUGGGGAGGGAGAAGAUGAUGCCGAAGUCCAGCAAGAAUGCCUGAAGAAAUUUUCGACCCCUGACUAUAUAAUGGAGCCAUCUAUAUUUAACACGUUGAAGAGGUAUUUCCAAGCAGGAGGUUCUCCAGAGAAUGUUAUCCAGCUCCUCUCUGAAAAUUACACUGCGGUGGCACAGACUGUAAAUUUGCUGGCAGAGUGGCUCAUUCAAACAGGUGUUGAGCCAGUGCAAGUUCAGGAGACGGUAGAAAACCAUUUAAAGAGCUUACUUAUCAAGCAUUUUGACCCUCGGAAAGCAGAUUCCAUCUUCACAGAGGAAGGAGAGACUCCAGCCUGGCUUGAGCAGAUGAUAGCACAUACUACGUGGAGAGAUCUCUUUUACAAGUUGGCAGAAGCCCAUCCCGACUGUUUAAUGCUGAAUUUUACUGUGAAGCUUAUAUCUGAUGCUGGAUAUCAAGGGGAAAUAACCAGUGUUUCAACAGCAUGUCAGCAGCUGGAAGUAUUUUCCAGAGUCCUGCGUACAUCUCUGGCCACAAUUUUAGAUGGAGGAGAAGAAAACCUUGAAAAAAACCUCCCUGAGUUUGCUAAGAUGGUGUGCCAUGGAGAACACACGUAUCUUUUUGCUCAGUCUAUGAUGUCCAUAUUAGCUCAGGAAGAGCAAGGAGGGUCGGCUGUCAGACGGAUUGCCCAGGAGGUUCAGCGAUACGCGCAUGAGAAAGGCCAUGAUGCCAGUCAGAUCACCUUAGCGCUGGGCACUGCAGCCUCCUAUCCUCGAGCAUGUCAGGCUCUUGGUGCAAUGUUGUCCAAAGGAGCUCUGAAUCCGGCAGAUAUCACUGUCCUCUUCAAAAUGUUCACAAGCAUGGACCCACCUCCAGUAGAACUGAUUCGAGUACCUGCCUUUCUGGACCUGUUCAUGCAGUCAUUGUUUAAGCCAGGUGCUAAGAUCAACCAGGACCACAAACAUAAAUAUAUUCACAUACUGGCAUAUGCAGCUAGUGUAGUAGAGAUGUGGAAAAAGAACAAGAGAGUCAGCAUAAACAAGGAUGAACUCAAGUCAACCUCAAAAGCCAUUGAGACUGUUCACAAUCUGUGUUGCAAUGAGAACAAAGGGGCAUCAGAGCUGGUUGCAGAACUGAGCACUCUCUAUCAGUGCAUCAGGUUCCCAGUGGUGGCCAUGGGUGUACUGAAGUGGGUGGACUGGACAGUGUCAGAACCACGAUACUUCCAACUGCAGACUGAUCACACUCCGGUUCAUCUGGCAUUAUUGGAUGAGAUCAGUACAUGCCAUCAGCUGCUUCAUCCCCAGGUUCUACAGCUUCUCGUCAAGCUCUUUGAAACAGAACAUUCACAGCUUGAUGUAAUGGAGCAGCUGGAGUUGAAGAAGACUCUUCUGGAUCGGAUGGUGCACUUACUCAGUCGAGGAUACGUCCUACCUGUUGUCAGCUAUAUCCGCAAGUGCUUGGAGAAGCUAGAUACCGAUAUCUCUCUCAUCAGAUACUUUGUUACUGAGGUGCUGGAUGUGAUUGCUCCUCCAUAUACCUCGGACUUUGUACAGCUUUUUCUUCCAAUCUUGGAGAAUGAAAGUAUUGCAGGUACUAUUAAAACAGAAGGCGAACAUGAUCCUGUCACUGAGUUUAUAGCUCAUUGCAAAUCUAACUUUAUUAUGAUGAACUAAGCAGUGGAAAACAUCAAGGAUGCAGAGCACAUGAUGACUACUCUGCCAUAUUUUCCAGCAGUAAGGGGCGAUGACUGGGUAACACAGGUGAAAAAAAAAGCUCCAACAAACAAAACCCAUCAAAACCAGAACAAAAAAACCCAAAAAAAAAUUCAACAAACCCAAAACACAGAAGAAAGGACUGAAGGGCAUUUGAUUGACUUGCAUGGUGACCUUGAGCUUCAUAUCAAAGAACCGUUAAUGUACUUUAGAAAAUGGAAUAAGACUGUAGGAUUUUCUGUUCUUAAACAAAUCAUUAUAAAUCUGAAUAUUCUGAAGGGAAUAGGAGGAGAGAAACUGAUUUAAUUCAAAGAAUGUUAGUUUGGUUGCUUGCAGAACUUGUCACUGAUUGUUCAUGUAAUAUCCAAAACCUGAAGAUCGGGGAAGGUAGGUCUACUGAAACCACUUCACAGUUCUCUGAAUUUUGAAGGCUCUAGGUUUUGAUGUUGUGUGUUGUAAAAAAUGGAAUUUGUGUGAUUAACCCUGUGCUGCAGAGAAGCCACAAUGCUGCUUUCUCACCUUUGAGCUGUGUUAAGAAUUUUAAACAUUGUACAUCUUUACUGCUAUGAAAAAAACCCCACACCUUUCAUGUAACACAAGUGGUGGUGUAAGAAUCUAAGUUAGUUUUGUAUUAACAGAUGAAUCCAGUGUGUGUUAUCUUUCAGAAUCUAUAUUUUUGUUAAAUAGCUGCAUCAGCUGUUACUGGUAAGUUUCAUUACCGUGUCAGAAUUCUACUGCUGUCCAAAAAUACGAAUGUGUGCAGCAAUUUUGUUACUGCUUGUUGUGGCUUGGUUUUUUUUAUACUUAUCUCUACUCUGUCCUGGUUGAUGCCAAACAGUGGGGGAUAUACCCAAGAUUAUAAUUAACCUUUAAAUAAAGGGUUUUUUUCUUUUCCA